CUGAAGUUUCUGGCAGUAAAGCCGUCAUGGCAGACCUGGGCUGCAAAAAACCCAGCGACUGCACCGUCUCCAGGCUCCUCAGCGUAGUGGAGAGUGAACUCCGGGCUGGGAGAGACAAAGGCGACCCCACGGAGAAGCAGCUCCAGGUUGUCUUGGAGGAUGCGACGCUCUGGCAGAGAUUCAGGGAAGUCACUAAUGAGAUGAUCGUGACCAAGAAUGGCAGGCGGAUGUUCCCUGUUUUGAAGAUCAGCGUGUCGGGCUUGGAUCCAAAUGCCAUGUACUCCUUCCUGCUGGACUUCGCUCCGACUGAUGGCCACCGCUGGAAGUACGUCAAUGGAGAAUGGGUGCCAGCAGGGAAACCAGAGCCACCGAACCACAGCUGUGUCUACAUCCACCCAGACUCUCCCAACUUUGGGGCCCACUGGAUGAAAGCUGCCAUUUCCUUCAGCAAAGUCAAACUUACCAACAAGCUCAAUGGGAGUGGGCAGAUAAUGCUGAACUCGCUGCACAAAUACGAGCCCCAGGUGCACAUAGUUCGCGUAGGAGGCCCCCACCGGAUGGUGAUGAACUGCUCCUUCCCUGAGACCCAGUUCAUAGCGGUGACUGCCUACCAGAAUGAGGAGAUAACAGCUCUCAAAAUCAAGUAUAAUCCCUUUGCCAAAGCCUUCCUGGAUGCAAAGGAAAGAAACCAUUCUAAGGAUGCUCCAGAGACAGUCUCUGAAGGUCAACAUAUGACAUAUUCUCACUCUUUGCCUCUGCCCGCUCCGCAGGCUCCCCACAGCUGCGAGAGAUACCCAGCCCUGCGAGGCCAUCGCCCUGCUCCAUACCCACCCUCCUACAUGCAGAGGAAUCACUCCCCUACAGUUAACUUGUUGGAGAGCUCCAGCAAUAAUCUUCAGGUAUUCUCGGGACAUGACAGCUGGACUUUGCCACCAUCUCCACAUACUAACUUGCUCUCAGUGCCACACACAAAGGGAGGUGCCAGCCCUGGACCCAGCCACUACCCUUGCCUGUGGACAGUGAGCAACAGUGCUGUAAAUGCUGCCAACACGGGAAGUGAGGUGAACAGCAGCCCUCCAAGUGUGUUUUUAAGGGGUAAUGUCCCCUUACCUGCUGCAUCAUCAGUGCAAAUCCCCCUGCAGGGAAUGGUGUCUGGCAGCAUGGAAGCACAAGGGGAAGGCGCUCUCACCAGACUGUCCGACUCCACGUGGACAUCCUCACACUCCUUUUAAUGGACAGGCAGCUCCCGAGGGAAGCUUGGCCAGCCAAGACUGACACAAAUGGUAAAUGAUCCCCAAGGACUGCAGUGCAAAGCAGAAUGUAUGCAGGAAAAGGACUUCAUCACUUCUCAUAAUGUACCUUUUGUGUGCCAGCUAAGCCAAAAUGCAAAGGCAGGAGAUAUUACAGGAACCAGCUUGUUACUGCAUCUUUUAUGCAUCAUUCAGGAUGAUGUCCAGAAAUAAUCUUUUUAGUUAGCUUUGCUUCUAUAUCACAUUAAAAUGAUCAGAGACUUGGGACUGAGUGAAGCAAACGUGGCAGCUGGAUACUCGCAUCUCAUUUUAGAAUUUCCUUCUGUAACUAACAGCCAAGUCCAGGGAAAACUGUGAGCAAGUUUGCAACUGGUCAUUUGAAGGGACAGCACUGCUUUAAAGGCUUUCUGAAUCUCUUACACAGGGGUUUUCACAAUACCUGAAACUAAACCCCUCAGGGUAUGAGAUUAGUCUGACAUCCUAAUGCCAGCUGCAUACAGCAUUCACCGUCCCCUUCCCUUCUCCAGCUGCUCUUUGCUGUGUGUGCCAUGGGGACAGUGGGCACACUCAAGCUGCAAAAGUGGCUGCAUUGUAGCAGCAGGGUGAAGGGCAGCUAGUUUAGCAUUUGGAGUCUGAUCCUACACUCUUUGAAAUUGAAAGUUCCAGUAUUUCCAAUAUGUGCUAUUUUUGAAAGGGUGGAGGGAAAAGAAUUACAGAAAAAAUAUUCAGCUUGCAUUUCCACUUUGCUUUAGCUACAGAGUACAAAUAAACUAUGAAUACAUGGUGUAUUAUCUCCUCAGUGCCUUUCCAAGGUGUAAACACACACACAGUCUUUCUCACCUAACAACCUCUGAGCUAUUUAAAGCAGCUCUGCCAGAAGCAAGUUGACAGAACAGGAAUUUUCUGUUCCUUGUCCAGUUACUGGGUGCAAGCUCCUGGGCGUGGUAUUUCAUGUCUUCACACCUAUUUCCCUUCUCACUUAGUCUGAUUCAGCUUCCUUUUUCAGGCUGCUGCUUUUUCUAUCCUGCAUGAGUGUGCAACACAGCAUAGUGGAGUCCUGAUCCUUUCUGGGAUUUCUAACCAUGACUGUGAUGCAAACAAGAACAGCCAUCCCCCAGUCCUCCUUGUCCUUUCAUGUACCUCCUCAGUCAAGCCCUAUGAAAUUCUCAGAGAAGAGUUCUGCUGUUUGGUCUCUAUAAAGAAAAAACUGCAAGCUAACCUAUGUAGAUAUGC